AUGCCGCGCUUGUCGCUGCUCUUGCAGCUGCUUCUUCUGCUGCCGCCGCUGUCCCCAAGCCUCGGGAUCCGCGACGCGGGUGGCCGGCGCCCCGAGUGUGGUCCGUGCCGGCCGGAGCGCUGCCCGGCGCCCGCGCCCUGCCCGGCGCCCGGGAUCUCGGCGCGCGACGAGUGCGGCUGCUGCUCUCGCUGCCUGGGAGCGGAGGGCGCGAACUGCGGGGGCCGAGCCGGCGCGCGCUGUGGCCCCGGCCUGGUGUGCGCGAGCCGGGCCGCGGGGGCGGCGCCCGAGGGCACUGGGCUCUGCGUGUGCGCGCAGCGCGGCACCGUCUGUGGCUCUGACGGCCGCUCCUACCCCAGUGUCUGCGCGCUGCGCCUGCGCGCCCGGCACAAGCCCCGCGCGCACCCCGGUCACCUGCACAAGGCACGCGACGGCCCUUGCGAGUUCGCUCCUGUGGUUGUCGUUCCUCCCCGAAGUGUUCACAAUGUCACCGGGGCGCAGGUGGGCCUGUCCUGUGAAGUGAGGGCUGUGCCUACCCCAGUCAUCACGUGGAGAAAGGUCAUGCAGUCCCCUGAGGGCACCCAAGCGCUGGAGGAGCUGCCUGGGGACCAUGUCAAUAUAGCUGUCCAGGUGCGAGGGGGCCCUUCCGACCAUGAGGCCACGGCCUGGAUUUUGAUCAACCCCCUACGAAAGGAGGAUGAGGGCGUGUACCAGUGCCAUGCAGCCAACAUGGUGGGAGAGGCUGAGUCCCACAGCACGGUGACGGUUCUAGAUCUGAGUAAAUACAGGAGCUUCCGCUUCCCAGCUCCCGAUGACCGCAUGUGA